AUGUCGGGUAGCGCCAAUUCACUACCCCGAACGUCGACUGAUGCUAUAAGCACGAUGGCUGGUGUUGAGUACAACAUCGAUCCCCGGCACUCCACCUUCGCCUCCUUCUCUCUCCCCCUUUCUGUUCGACGAUGGGAUGUCAUCCAACGCGUCCUAUCCGAGAAAAUCGAUUCCGCAGCUGCGUUUGAGUCUCUCAUCUUUAAGUCCUCCCAUUACCCACGUUUUGUGACCUUACAGAAAGCCGUAAACACCUAUAACAAUCGCUACGCCCGUAGCUGGAACGUUGACUGUCUUUCGGCCGCUCUUGUGCAACGGCCUGAUUUCGUACCCUUGUUGCAGAAAAUUGCUGAACUAGCUCUCAAGGCACCGGAUCUCGUUACACAACCGGUACCUCUUCUGCGGCAAAAUAAGGAGAGGAGUCUCUCACUCAGUCAGCUGCAGAUUGCCUGUCUGCUAGCCAAUGCUUUUUAUUCCACUUUUCCUCGACGUAAUGCCACGGGCGUCAAUUCCGAGUACUACGACUUCCCUACUAUCAACUUCAGUUCCCUUUUCUGUGGCACGGGGUACGGUGACGAAUCAAGCGUCGAAAAGAUAAUAUGCCUGUUGCACUACUUCUCCCGCGUCUUCGAUGACGAUGGCCCUCCCAGCGGAACGGUGACAUUCACUCGCCGUUGCCUACACAGUCCUCCUGACUUUUCCGCCAGCGAAAUGUUGGUGGGCUCAAUUCCCUUUGGCGUCAGCUCAUCCUGCCUCAUCGAGGAUACCCAAGGCAGUGCAUUGCAU